AUGGCCAUAAAAUUUGCAGUCGACGAAGAAACUGGUGUUAAGGAAGUUGAUGAUACAGAUGGAUUGGAUGAACAGGCAGAAUACGAAGCCUGGAAAUUACGUGAACUGAAAAGAAUCAAGAGAGAUAAGGAAGAACGUGAAGCGAGAGAAAAAGAACAAGAAGAGAUUGAACGGAGACGUAACAUGAGUGAAGAACAACGUUUAGCUGAAGAUAUGGAGCGUGUAAAAAAUCUACGUGAAAAAAAACCACACGGCCAAUAUAAAUUUCUGCAAAAAUAUUAUCACAAGGGUGCUUUCUAUUUGAAUCCAGACGAUAAAAUAUUUAAACGCGACUAUACUGAAGCAACACCUGAUGAAGCAGCUCAUAAGGAACUAUUGCCCAAAGUUAUGCAAGUCAAGAAUUUUGGUCGAGCAGGACAAACUAAAUGGACUCAUUUAGCAGAUCAAGAUACUUCAAAGAAAGAUGCACCAUGGAGUCAAAGCACUGGAGUUAAUAAAUCGAUGUUAUCAAAGUUGGGUGGUUUACAUGGAGGGUUUGAUAAACCUACAUCAAAAAAACGGAGAACUGGUCCUCAUUGGGCAUUUAAUACUAGCCGACUUCGGCAAGGUUUGGUCGAAACCAAGGAGGGUUAUAUUGACGAGUGUUUAUAUGUUCAUGGCUCACUUGCUCGAGCCGGUAAAGUUAAAUCUCAAACUCCUAAAGUUGAGAAACAAGAAAAGAAGAAAAAGAAAACUGGUCGAGCAAAAAAAAGAAUUUUAUAUAAUCGUCGGUUCGUUAAUGUAGCUAACAUUGGGAAACGAAGGAUGAAUCCUGCUCCGACGUCAGAUAAACCUUAA